CCGGGGCACCUCAGUAAUCUGGUCGAGUGACGAAGCAUUUAUGCUCCGUCCGCCCUACCCUUCUCCUGUAGCGCAGUUGCGGCGUCGGCGUCCACCGGCGACACCACCUCCUCUUCUUCCUUCGCGUCUUGCCCUCCCUCCGUUGCAAAGAUGAAUGUGGAGAAGCUCAUGAAGAUGGCCGGUGCUGUUCGCACUGGUGGAAAGGGCAGUAUGCGCAGGAAGAAGAAGGCAGUUCACAAGACUACAACAACAGACGAUAAGAGGCUACAGAGCACAUUGAAAAGAAUAGGCGUAAAUGCCAUUCCUGCUAUAGAAGAAGUCAACAUUUUUAAGGAUGAUCUUGUUAUUCAGUUUGUUAACCCUAAGGUGCAAGCUUCUAUUGCAGCCAAUACAUGGGUUGUUAGUGGCUCUCCUCAGACAAAAAAACUUCAAGAUCUGCUACCUGGGAUCAUUAACCAACUCGGGCCCGAUAACUUAGAGAACCUGAAGAGGCUUGCAGAGCACUUGCAGAAACAGGCACCGGGUACAGGUCCCACAGCAAAGCAGGAUGAUGAUGAGGAUGAUGUCCCUGAACUGGUGCCUGGAGAGACAUUUGAAGCAGCUGCUGAUGAAAAUCAAGCUUCGUAGAGGAGAUUUGCUUCCGGAAAAGUUCUACCUUUCAUGCAGUUGUUUCCUCAUUUUGGAUGGUGAAGCAAAUUCUGUCAUUUAUGUAACUUGGAGCACCCGAACACAAAUCUGGUGUUAUUUUCUUCAAAAGAAUGUCAGACUAACGCUUGUUCUAAAUUAUCUACUCGGGCUAGUCCAUGAUUAACCCAAAGGCAGUGUGGACCUGUCAUUUGAUGUUUGCUGGA